AUGGAGUCUGUUCAUCAUAUAUCUACUUCGUCGAAGAUUCUCUUCAGCAAGGUGCGCAAGAUCGUGCCACCGAUGCUAGAGAAGUUCCACAAAGGGCAACUUGGACGAGUGGCGGUCAUUGGAGGCUGUGUUGACUAUACCGGGGCUCCGUACUUCUCAGCUACUGCCUCUGCAAAGCUAGGAUGUGAUAUGAGCCAUGUUCUGUGUGAACGCUCGGCGGCGCCGGUUGUUAAGAGUUACUCUCCAAAUCUUAUGGUGCAUCCCAUAUUGCCCAGCUCAGAUACAGUCAAGGACCCCAAGUCGAUCGAUGCUCUGGCAUUAGCGGGCCCGAUUAUCAGUAUGCUCUCCCGUCUGCAUGCUCUAGUCAUAGGACCUGGACUUGGUCGUGAUGGAGUUACGCUUCAAGUGGUUGCAGAAGUAAUCAAGGAGGCCCGAUCACGAUCGAUCCCAUUCGUUCUGGACGCGGACGGGCUGCUCAUCGUGACCGAGGACCCCAAUAUCAUCAAGGGCUACAAGGAGUGUAUUUUGACGCCAAACGUGGUUGAGUUCGGUCGCUUGGCAAAGGCCUUGGGAGUCAAGGUAGCCAGCCAGGCAGAUAUCUCAAAGGACGAGAAGAGUGCUAAAUCCCAGGAGUCAGAUGCCUGCGAGCAGCUUUCUAAAGCUCUGGGCGGAGUGACAAUCCUCCAGAAAGGACCCCACGAUGUCAUUUCUAACGGGAUCACGAGCCUUAUCUCGAAUAAUGAAGGAGGUCUGAAGCGCAGCGGCGGACAGGGAGAUACCCUGACGGGAUCGUUGGGUACCAUGCUUGCCUGGCGAGCGGCCUACCAUAAUAAGCUGUGGGACUCUGGAGAGAAGGACAAUGAAAAAGAGGCGCAGAAUAAGGAAGAUUUCCAGGCUGAGCUGGAGUCGGAGGAAAAGCGCAUGUCCCCGGCAACUACUUUACUGCUGGCUGCUUGGGCGGGAAGUAGCAUCACCCGCGAAUGUUCACGGAAAGCCUUCGAGGCCAAAGGGCGAAGCAUGCAAGCCAGCGACCUGACCGACGAGGUACAUGGCAGCUUCUUGAGGCUGAUUGGAGAGCCCGAUGGCUCCAAGACGCAUCUCUAG